CUCCCUCCCUUCCUCUCGUCUUCUUCUUCCUUUCUAUCACGCGUUUCUUCUUCCCAAUUAAUUAAUCCCCUCCUUCCUCUCUUCGCUACGUCCCCUUCUUUUUAACCCUUUCCAACAAUUGUUCAAACUUCCCCCCAAAAGCAGUUGUUUCUUAGCCUCUGUUCUUGUUGUUUGGCGCCCCACUAAGUUUCGCAGAUCUAAUUGCUUGCUCAGAAAAUUGAGUAGUUUCUUUUCGGUCUUUCCGUGUGCAAAUCACUCCUUAGUUUUAUUGUUUUUCUGGCUUUUGAGGGUUGUGACCCCCCGAAGUGGACCUUUGAGCUCAUUGGAGCUGUAUACUCAUCGAACUCGGGGAGUCCGUGGAGUUGGAAAACCCAGAAUUUCUUGCUGGAGUUGCAUGGCUUCGGGGGCUAUAUUUUCCUCCCUGCGACGGCGGAGGUCGCCGUCGUUGGACGCCUUUCUUGCUCCGGUUGACCUGACAGAUGUUUCCUUGGUUCAAACUGUCGUGUCCGUGGCUAGCGAGCUUGUCUCUUGCUUCUCCGGGCGUUCGUUCUUCUUUCAACGCAAGAAUUCGCGGGCGUUUAUACGAAAGGUCGAGGUGUUUCAGUUGCUUUUGGAGUACCUACGGGACAGCGGAACAGAUAUUCCGAUGACAGGGUUGGUUUGUCUUAAGGAGCUCUAUCUUCUUCUGUAUCGGUCGAAGAUUCUGCUUGAUUAUUGCGCGCAGUCGGGUAGGUUAUGGCUUUUGCUUCAGAACCAUUCAGUUUCUGGUCAUUUCCAUGAUUUGAAUAAAGAAAUUUCGACUCUCUUGGAUGUAUUCCCGACUAAGGAUGUUCAAUUGAGUGAGGAUAUCAGAGAACAGAUUGAGCUAUUGCAGAAACAAUCUAGGAGAGCUGAGUUGUUUAUUGACAAGAAAGACGAUGAGCUCCGCACCGAGUUCUUGUCGUAUCUUGAUGAAUUUGAGAAUGGGCGAGUUCCUGAUUCAGCAGGGCUACGAUCAUUUUUUAUAAAGAAACUGCAGAUUCUGGAUGCUAGGAGUUGUAGAGAAGAAAUUGAGUCAUUGGAGGAGCAGAUUAUUAACCACGAAGGAGAUGUUGAGCCAACAGUUUCUGUGCUUAAUGGUUUGGUUGCAUUGACACGGUAUUCUAGAUUUUUGCUCUUCGGAUUUGAGGAAGAUGAAGUAGAACUAGAAAAUGGAAACCAGAUGAAAAAACUGAAGAAGAGGUUGAUUAAUCAAGAAAUUGCUGAAGCAUUUGUAACUAUGCCUAAGGACUUUUACUGCCCAAUAUCGUUGGAUUUGAUGAAAGACCCAGUGAUAAUCGCCACAGGACAAACAUAUGAUAGAAGCUCCAUAUCAAGGUGGUUCGAAGAAGGGCAUUGUACUUGUCCAAAAACAGGACAAAUGCUUGCCCACACAAAACUUGUCCGGAAUCGAGCUCUGAAGAAUUUGAUCAUGAAGUUUUGCACUGCACAUGGACUCCCUCAUGACUCACUGGAGGCGGUAGAUGCAGUGCCGGAUACCUUUUCAAUGGCUUCUCCAUCAAAAGCUGCCCUUGAAGCCAAUCGAGCAACAGCAACGCUUCUCAUUCCGCAGCUGGAGAAUGGAUCACGAGUUGCAGAGACUAUAGCCGCCCGGGAGAUACGAUUGCUUGCUAAAACAGGCAAGGAAAAUCGUGCAUUCAUUGCAGAAGCUGGGGCGAUUCCUCGCCUUUGUAAACUACUUUCAUCUCCUAAUGCCAUUGCUCAGGAGAAUGCAGUGACAGCAUUGCUCAACCUGUCAAUAUAUGAGAAGAACAAGAGACGGAUCAUUGAUGAAGAAGGUUGUCUGGAAUCCAUGGUUGAUGUAUUGAGAUUAGGUCACACAACGGAGGCAAGAGAGAAUGCUGCUGCAACAUUGUUCAGCCUCUCAGCAGUCCAUGAAUAUAAGAAGAUAAUUGCAGAUAAGGAAGGAGCAAUUGAAGCCCUGGCCCGGCUCUUGCAAGAGGGAAACCUAAGAGGAAAGAAAGAUGCAGUGACAGCCUUAUUCAAUCUUUCCACCCACUCUGAUAACUGUACUAGAAUGAUUGAAGCCGGAGCUAUAACAGCUCUAGUUGGUGCUUUGAGGACCGAAGGAGUGGCUGAGGAAGCAGCAGGCGCACUUGCCUUGAUUGUCCGGCAACCUGUCGGAGCUAAGGCAGUGGUGAAGGAGGAAGAAGCGGUGGCUGGAUUGAUGGAAAUGAUGCGCUGUGGAACCGCACGGGGGAAAGAGAAUGCUGUAGCAGCAUUACUGGAGCUGUGCCGGAGUGGAGGUGCAGCAGCAACCGAGAGGGUGGUGAGGGCACCGGCUUUGGCCGGAUUGCUUCAAACCCUACUUUUUACAGGAACAAAAAGGGCUAGAAGGAAAGCAGCUUCACUUGCUAGAGUGUUUCAGAGACGUGAAAAUACAUCUCCGCAUUAUGGUGGACUAGAUGUGGGAUAUGCAUAUGCUGGCAAUUCAGCUACCGGUAGAGAUACAACCUUUGCGGGGGAUGUUUCAGUACCAAUGUCUAUUUCUGUCCCUCUCUUGUAAUGUAACACCCUUGCGGUUUUUUCACAUCCCCCCACAGUUUUGUUGCAAGUCUUCACAGAUUCUUUCAUUGAAAUAUAUAAGUUCAUAAGAAAUUACACAAGUUGUUCCAUAUGUAUUCUGGGAGAUUGAUGAAUAAGCAGGCGUAAGGUAUAAGAAGCAAUAAUGAAAAAUCUCAAGUUAGCCCAUUC